UUGAAGCUCUUUGUUUGUCUGAGCCACAUUACAUAGGGACACUCCAGAAUGGGCUGGCAUUGUUGCACUGUUACGCACGCUCUCAAGCUUGAGAGGCAGCAGACGCCGGGUUAGGGUUAUGACGUAGCCAGUUCUCAUCGGAUAGACCCCUCACCUGACUGAGGCUUGGUGGCGUGUGGUCGUCCCAACGUCACUUCAUCGUAAGCUACCGCAUGAGCUCUAACGGAUGCUAGCAAACAGAGAUAUGGCAAGAAGAGCACGAUCCCGCUGCAAAUAGGUUAGAUUUGCUUUGAUAUACGACGUGAGUAAUGUAUAAACGUGGACAGGUCUAGAACUGAAUACCUACCGAUAUACCAUGAGACCACCCCUCCGUAAUCGGGUUUGUCAUAGCAUCUUCAUGCUUCAUUACCUGAACUGCUCUAUCGUACCUUCCUGCUUGCAACUAUCACGAUUCAACGUAUAUAUUUGACUCACUGAAUGUGGGGAAGUAUCGGCCGUAUCAUCAAAGAAGAAUCGACAUCUUUUGCCAAAAAAAACUGACCAGCAGGAAGUAGCUCGGCUGUUGCAAACGUCCCGUUCGGCAUCCAGUCUGACGACCAUCCCCAAUCACGGAGUAUUCGCACACUUGCUCUUGCAAAAUAACACCAUGCUGCAGGCAGUCGGCAACGCCCACGACAACCACUUCAUGACUUCUGAAUCCAAUUCCGUCGCCUCACUAGCGCGAGCUCUUCAUGAUGGGAAGAAGCAUCUGCUUCUUGCAGCGUCGGGUUCUGUAGCCACAAUCAAACUCCCCGUCAUCGUCGAAGCCCUCGCGCCAUAUGCAGCUAAUCUUUCGAUCCGUAUCAUCCUGACCAAAUUCGCCAGCGAGUUCCUCAACGGCCAAAGUGAUGAGCAGCCUACCGUCUCGUCCCUGCUUCAUCUGCCCAAUGUCGACGCAGUCUAUCGAGACGAGGAUGAGUGGGGGCCGCAGUCUUGGAAGAGGGGAGCGAACUCCGAAGAUGUGGGUGAUCUUAUUCAGUUGGAUUGGGACGGGGUGCUGACGGUAGGAAUAGGGGCUGAUAUGCUUGUCAUUGCUCCUCUAAGUGCAAACACCCUCGCCAAGAUCGUCAACGGCAUGUCUGACAACCUUCUCACAUCCGUUAUACGAGCCUGGGAUACCGACGGUUCGAUUGAUCUCAAAAAGAAAUACAUUGCCGUUGCGCCAGCCAUGAACUCGGCCAUGUGGAGACACCCCAUCACAGCAAAGCAGAUUCGCACCUUACGGGAGGACUGGGGCGUUAGAGAGACACUUCUCGACCCAGACGGAGCUGCGAGACUGAUCGAUGGUUGGUUUCAAGUUAUCCCGCCCAUCUCCAAGACCCUCGCUUGCGGCGAUACAGGAGAUGGCGCCAUGGCAAAGGUUGAGACAAUCCGCGAUGUCAUUGUACACAGAAUGAACUUGACAGGGCUGCAUGCCCAUUGAGGCGAAGGAGGUUGAGCAUGGGGAAGCAUGUUGGCGCUUUGGCAAGACUGGCAUUUAUUGAUAUCAAUGAGUCUGUCUGUUGGUACUCUCAUUGCACAUAUUUAGCUUGGGGGAACUGGAAGCCUGGUGUAGUGGAAACAGAGGUCACAGCAUGAAGUCGUUUGGUUUGAUUAUAGAAUCUGACCAUAACUCUCAGAAAUUGUUGUGAGAUGCUCCGAAAACAAAAUACAGAAAUGGUAACA